UACUUCCCGUCACGUUCCCUCCCUUGCUUCGAAUCCUCCGCCCGUCUCCAAAACCCGCACUUCCCCCAGCCUCGCCGCCUCCGCCUCCCUCGACUCAUCUUGUAGGCCUCGUCCCCACUGCCUCUCACCCUAGUCCCCACCUCCUCGCGCUGCCGCCAUGUACUCCACGGCCAUGUCCCUCUCCGCGGCGGCGGCCGCGGUCGCCGGCGGCGCCUCCUUAAGGCCCGACGUGAUCCGGCCGGCCGGGCUCCGCUUCUGCGGCCUCCGGCGCGAGGCCCUCGGUCUCCGCUCGCUCCAGUGCUCGCCGCAGGUGUCCGCCAGGCGGAGUGUGUCGGCUGGGGCUGCGGCAGCGGAGAAUGGCGCUCACGGGAGCGGCGGAUUCGACUACGACCUCGUGAUCAUCGGAGCCGGCGUCGGAGGUCACGGCGCCGCUCUCCACGCCGUCGAGAAGGGUUUGAAAACUGCUAUAAUUGAGGGAGAUGUCGUGGGUGGGACUUGUGUGAACAGAGGUUGUGUUCCAUCAAAGGCUCUUCUUGCUGUAAGUGGUAAGAUGCGGGAACUUCAAGAUGAACACCACAUGAAGUCAUUGGGCCUACAGGUUUCGUCAGCUGGAUAUGACAGGCAGGCUGUUGCUGAUCAUGCAAAUAAUCUUGCCUCUAAAAUACGCAGCAACUUGACCAAUUCAAUGAAAGCUCUAGGUGUGGAUAUACUAACUGGUUUUGGUACAAUUGUGGGGAAGCAAAAAGUGAGAUACGGAAAAGUUGGUUUUCCAGACAAUGAAAUCACUGCCAGAAACAUCAUAAUAGCGACCGGGUCUAUUCCUUUUGUUCCAAAGGGCAUUGAGAUAGAUGGUAAAACUGUAUUCACUAGCGAUCAUGCACUUAAACUCGAGUCAGUCCCUGACUGGAUAGCUAUUGUUGGAAGUGGUUACAUUGGACUUGAAUUCAGUGAUGUAUACACAGCUCUGGGAAGUGAGGUUACUUUUGUUGAAGCUUUUGAUCAAUUAAUGCCUGGUUUUGAUCCUGAGAUUGCAAAAUUGGCCCAGAGGAUUCUUAUCAAUCCUCGGAAAAUUGACUAUCACACUGGUGUCUUUGCAAGCAAGAUCACCCCAGCAAAGGAUGGCAAGCCUGUUUUGAUCGAAUUGAUUGAUGCUAAGACGAAAGAGCACAAGGAAACACUCGAGGUGGAUGCAGCACUUAUAGCUACUGGAAGGGCACCAUACAUCAAAGGACUUGGCUUGGAAAAUAUCAACGUUGUUACACAACGUGGUUUUGUUCCUGUUGACGAGCGGAUGCAAGUUAUGGAUGCGGAUGGCAACGCGGUUCCAAAUUUGUAUUGCAUUGGAGAUGCCAAUGGUAAGCUCAUGCUUGCUCAUGCAGCCAGCGCACAAGGAAUUUCAGUUGUGGAGCAAAUUUGUGGGAAGGACAACAUCCUAAAUCAUCUAAGCAUCCCGGCUGCCUGUUUCACUCAUCCUGAGAUCAGUAUGGUUGGGUUGACAGAGCCGCAAGCUAGAGAAAAGGCUGAUAAGGAAAGAUUUGAAGUAAGUGUUGUUAAGACCAGCUUUAAAGCUAACACAAAGGCUCUGGCGGAGAAUGAAGGAGAUGGACUUGCUAAGAUGAUUUACCGGCCUGACACUGGAGAAAUUCUUGGAGUUCACAUUUUGGGUUUGCAUGCUGCUGACCUCAUCCACGAGGCAUCGAAUGCCAUUGCCCUAGGAACUCGUGUGCAAGACAUCAAGUUUGUAGUUCAUGCACACCCAACCUUGUCUGAAGUUCUGGAUGAGCUCUUCAAGGCUGCCAAGGUUAAUGUGGGUACCCCGCAUUCUGUAAAUGAGCCAGUUGUAGUGUAGGGAGGAACAAGAGUGGAAGCCAAAUCAUCUGGCACCACCCCUGUUAGAUGUCCCUAGUGCCCCACGAGCAUGCUAUUUACAGAAAGUGACUUGUGGCUAUUGCCGACUGUAAUUCGUAAUGAGCUCCACGGAUUAGUGCCAAACCUUUUGUAUUUAUUUAGGGAAAGAGAGAUAUAUGUAGAAAAAACUAUAAAUUUUGUAGCCCUUGUAUAUUAUCCGUACAGUGACAUGUUGUUAACUUAUGUGUUCGGGUGAUUGCUUGAACAAUUUGUUCAGUAUGUUCAUCUUGCAACAACGGUGGAAU